AAUCCAUGGCUUGUGUUGUGGUUUGACGAGUGCUGUCUGCUGGAUGUGAGCUUCAGGGCGACAAAGGAAACAUAAGUGAAAGUAAUGAUUAGAACGUUUAAUUUUUUAAUUAAGUUCAGUUUAUAAAGAUUGUGAUUUUAAAUUCCGAUUCGUAUGAGCAUUUUCUACUUGUGUUCCAUGACCUUGACAUGGUCAGUACAUCGAAUCUCCUCUACUAUGAAUUGAAUUCAUCUGCCAGCUCUGACGUCACACCCCACCUCCCGCCCUCCCUUCCCCAGCUUCUGGGAUGUCUUCUGGCUUGGAACUCUCCAGCUUUGAAUCGGGAAGAUCCUCGACUCGAGUACCUCCCAACAAAGAUGAGCCUGAGGACCGCAGUAACCUGGUGGGUGAGAUGGACGCGGUGGACUGUGGCGUGGUUGGCGGCGGGCAGCCCGACUACCGAGUCAUCUUCAUCAAUCGGCCUCAGCCCGCCAAAUUCUGCACUAACCAGAUAUCCACGGCCAAAUACAGUGUUGUGUCAUUUGUGCCUAGCUUUUUGUUUGAACAGUUUCGACGUUACGCCAAUUGUUUUUUCCUCUUUGUCGCUUUGAUGCAGCAAAUACCUGAUGUUUCACCUACAGGGCGUUAUACAACUUUAGUUCCUCUUAUCUUCAUCCUUCUAGUGUCUGCGUUAAAGGAGAUUGUAGAAGAUUUUAAACGGCACCGAGCAGACGAUGAGAUCAACCACAGAGAGGUGGAAGUGUUGCGGGCCGGACACUGGCAAUGGGUGGAGUGGAGGCACAUCGUCGUCGGUGACAUUGUCAAAGUUCACAACAACACGUUCUUUCCUGCUGACCUUCUAGUCUUAUCUACUAGUGAACCCCAAGCAAUGUGCUACAUAGAAACAAUGAACUUGGACGGAGAGACCAACCUUAAGAUCAGACAGGGACUACCAGAGGCUGCCGGUCUACUCGAGACCAAGGAUCUGGAGCUGUUCUCUGGAACUGUGGAAUGUGAACUGCCCAACAGACACUUGUAUGAGUUCAGUGGCAACUUGCGCCAACGAGGAAAACAAGCUGUUCCAUUGGGACCUGAUCGUAUCCUGUUGCGUGGAGCAAUGUUACGCAACACUAGUUGGGUGUUUGGCGUGGUUAUCUACACGGGUCAUGAGACCAAGCUGAUGAAGAACGCAACGAGUGCACCGCUGAAGCGCUCAACCGUCGAUAAGCAGACCAACACUCAAGUACUGAUGCUGUUUAUCCUGCUCAUUGUUCUCUGCCUGGUGUCUGCCAUCUGCAACGAGUUUUGGAACCACACCCACACCACCCAUAAGUACAUCGGCAUGGAAGAUGUUCUAAAUGUUAACUUUGGAUAUAAUUUGCUGACCUUCAUAAUUCUUUACAACAAUUUGAUACCGAUCUCACUUCAAGUAACCCUGGAAGUUGUAAGGUUUGUACAGGCAACUUUUAUCAACAUGGACUUGGAUAUGUACCAUGAGGAAUCUGACACCCCAGCCAUGGCUCGCACUUCAAAUCUCAAUGAGGAGCUAGGCAUGGUGAAGUACAUAUUCUCAGACAAGACUGGGACCCUGACAAGGAAUGUGAUGGAGUUUAAGGAGUGCAGUAUAGGAGAACACUUGUACACACUGCCAUCCACUUCUGAGCUCCAAGAAUCAUUGCUCAUCCAGCAACUACAGAAAAAAGACACCCUUUCAAAGACAAUACGAGAAUUCAUGGUUCUGAUGUCAGUUUGCCAUACUGUGAUACCGGAGAAGGUGGCAAAUUCUGACGAUAUCAUCUAUCACGCCUCUUCUCCUGAUGAGCGAGCUCUGCUUCAGGGUGCAAAAGCUUUUGGAUUUGUGUUUGACACAAGGACACCUGAAUCAGUGGAAAUAGUAGCUUUAGGUAGCAGAGAAAAAUAUGAAAUAUUAAGUGUAAUAGAAUUUACUAGUGCAAGAAAAAGGAUGUCUGUGAUCACAAGAACUCCACAAGGAAAAAUAAAACUAUUUUGUAAAGGUGCUGAUACUGUGAUAUACGAGAGGUUGUCUGCAUCUGGUCGUACAUACGCAGACACUACACUCAAACAUCUUGAAGAAUUUGCGCAGGCCGGUUUGCGCACACUUUGCUUCGCUACUGCCGACUUGUCAGAGAGGACUUAUAGUGAAUGGAAAGAAAUGUACCAGAAGGCUUGCACCUCAAUGCAAAAUCGGGAAACCAAAAUAGAAGAUGCUGCCAACCUUAUUGAGAAAGAUUUAGUCUUGUUAGGAGCAACUGCAGUUGAGGAUAAACUACAGGAUAAGGUGCCAGAGACAAUAGCUGCCCUGAUCAAGGCCGACAUCAACGUGUGGGUGUUGACGGGUGACAAGCAGGAGACCGCCAUCAACAUCGGCUACUCCUCCAAGCUCAUCAGUCACGGCACACCACUGCUCAUACUUAACGAAUCUAGUCUGGAUGGCCUGAGGGAGCUGAUCCACAGACACUGUGCAGAUCUAGGAGAAGCACUAGGCAAGUCCAACAACAAUAUCUGUCUGGUGGUGGAUGGCCAAAGUCUCAAGUUUGCCCUGACCCACGAACUGCGGAGGGAAUUUUUGCAGCUGUGCAUCAGUUGUAAAUCUGUUAUUUGCUGCCGUGUCUCACCCAUGCAGAAGGCAGAGGUGGUGGACCUUGUGACGAGUAACACCAAGAGUGUGACGUUGGCUAUCGGUGAUGGUGCCAAUGACGUGGCGAUGAUACAGAAGGCACAUGUGGGGGUCGGUAUUUCUGGGGUGGAGGGACUGCAAGCAGCAUGUGCCAGUGACUACUCCAUAGCACAAUUCCGAUUCCUGCUGAAGCUCCUGUUUGUACACGGCUCGUGGAACUACAGCCGGCUCUGUGAGCUGAUAUUGUACAGCUUCUACAAGAACAUCUGUCUGUACGUCAUGGAGCUGUGGUUCGCCAUCUACUCGGGCUGGUCCGGUCAGAUACUCUUUGAGAGAUGGACCAUCGGGCUCUACAAUGUGCUGUUCACAGCAGCCCCACCACUGGCCAUGGGUAUAUUGGACCAGAUAUGUUCAGCCAACACCAUGCUGCGCUACCCCAGGCUCUACUCCCAUAAGGCCUUUCAGUUUGACGUCAAACUGUUCUGGGUGUGGAUCAUAAAUGCCUUGUUCCACUCUGUGCUGUUGUUCUGGCUGCCCAUGUUUGCGGUCAAGAAUGACAUCAUUUGGACCAGUGGCAAAGAAGGAGGCUACUUGGUGCUGGGCAACAUGGUUUACACUUAUGUGGUGGUGACUGUGUGUGUGAAGGCAGGUCUACACAUGAAUUACUGGACUUGGCUCACUCACCUGGCUAUCUGGGGUUCCAUCAUAGCCUGGUUCUUGCUCAUUGUCGUCUACAGUCGAUUUUGGCCUACAAUACCAUUUGGACAAGUGAUGGCAGGCAUGGACAAGAUGUUGUUCACUUCUCCAGUGUUCUGGUUCGGCAUAGUGCUGAUACCUUUUGCAGUCCUCGUAACAGACAUUAGUGUCAUAGCAUUUAAGUCAACUGUGUUCAAAACACUGUCCGAGUCAGUGCGAGAGAGUGAGAUUCGUAAGACUGAUCCUCACUCAGUCAUCGACGAAAGCAAAAACUCGAUGUCCGAGACUGCUCGUCUGUUAAAGAAUGUUCGAAGUGUUUUCAACCUGCGAGCAACUCCAACGUCCACUCGUGUAAAUACCGAAGUAGAGCUGAGGUAUGGUUUUGCGUUCUCACAAGAAGAAGGAGGUGCAGUGGCUCAAUCAGAAGUGAUACGAGCUUAUGACACCAACCUUCCCAAACCUGGGGGAAUGUAGAAAAGUACACCAAGCCUGUCUUCGAUAUGGCCUUGACGAUGCUGACCUUGCCCGUCGCCACGCUACAGGUGUUCACUUGACAAAGUUUAGAUAUUUCAGUUUUGUCUCUUGAAUGCUGCUCUUGACGUUGAAUGUAUGUGGUUGUUUUUUUUUUUAAUGUGUUCUAUAACACUGUAUUGAUUGCUUUGUGAUAUCUAAUGGUAAACAAUUGUUGUCAAUUUAUCCUGAGAGGCCCUUGAUGCUGUUUUACGCAUUCUCGCUCUACAUAUAAAAAUGUGUAUCCCGACACAUCUGUCCCUUCCUGCAUCAAGUUAAAUGUACAAAAAAGUUAUAUUUUUACUAACUAUUUAAAAAUAAAUGUUAAAUGCAAGUUUUGAUCUGGAACUAUUUAUAAAAUAAGUGCCACUUUAAAGAGCUAAAUCCUUACUUAAAACUUCAGAUUUAUAAGAAUUUACCAUCCAUUCCCCUGUGUUGUUGCAUUUGUGUUUUGAGUUGAUUUGUUAACAAAAUAUCAAGAAUAGCCGUACUUAAAUAAUUAUGAAAUUUUAAAAUAUUUUGUUUUUCUCUUUGGAUACUUACUAUUUGAUUUAUUUACAUAAGCUACAGUUCAACAUCAGUCCUUCCUGAUUAACAAUUUCAGAACUCAAUGUAAUUUGAAUAGCAUUGCAUAAAUACUAUAAAAUGGCUUGAAUAGGUGAAGAGAAAAAGAAUCAUCUCUACUUAAAAAUAAGGGAAGAAACGAGAUUGAUAGGACUAAUGAAUUUAAAAAUGAGAAAUGUAUCAAAUACGUAAUUUAAAAGUAAUGAUUCUUCAAUCUUUAAACAUAGUAUUAUCUGAUCUUGUAUACCAAAGUUCCUUUCUUUUAUACCUAAUAUUUAGGAUUUACUGUACUGUUGUGUUAUUUUUAUGAACCUUUUAAGAAACUGAUCCAGAUUAAUAUAUUAUGUUAUUUAUAAAAAACUCUAUAGUAAUAUAAAAAAUUAUAUAAAUAUGUUGUUAAAUAUAUAUAUAUAUAAAGUUUAAUUAAAGAACUGGACUGAC